CAAGGACAGAACGAUCAUUACCCAUGUCUAAGCCACUCGCCAACUUUCCUAUGACCCAUUCCUAGUAUAUAUAAAUGUGAUGUACAAUACAAAAACACAGACGAGAUUAAAAGCAACCAUAUAGUAGGGGGACUAAAAAACAGGCUAGAAGCAACAAGCAAAGCAUGGAAGGGUUGAUCCCAUUUCUCCUCCACACCCUCAAGAAACAGAGAUCUCACAACAGCUACCGGAGCCUCUCCGACAGCUCCAACCGUAGCUACCACAUGUUGAUGGGACCGGACUCGUUGGAUGGCUCGUCCCAUCGUCGAACCAGAUCAGAGUUUGUGCCACUCACAGUUGAAUUCUCCCAGCAGCAGCAGCAGCCUGGUUUGGAAUUCUCCCACUCACGCAGCAUCAACGGAGCUUCUGUGGUCACUAAUUCGGCCACGAAUGGACGGAGCCAAAUUGGUGCCUCUACUAAUACUUACCGAGCCACAAAGAAGACUAAUACUAAUCUUCAACAUGAAUGAUAGAUUUAGCUCAAGAGUUCAAAAGUCUUUGAAUGAAUUUGUUUUAAUGGAUUGGAUGUUGUUGCAUCCAAUUGAUUCAAGUGCACCUAUUUUUUGUUUUCUUGAUUUGUUUGCAAUGGUUCUGUCAAUAACACAAAUGUUCUGAAUGAAUUAAUGGAAUUUGUUGAAUUGUAAUUAAAGUUUUAACUAUGAGAUGUUCUUUGGCAA